UGGGUCUCAAUAGACUUCUGAGGAAAUAUGCAUAGGGCUGGGCUACCGGUUUAUCGAAACCUCUAGCCAGACAGGCCACUGGGGCAAUGAUUUCACCUAUGAAGUUGAUCAGUUCAAGAGAGGAUUGACUGAGAGUGUUCACCAUGGAUCAACUCCUUGACUUAAAGAUCAGGAGAGAUGUUUACAACAGUAUCAGCCUCCGCCUGGAAUGCCUGCAAAAUGCGAACCACGCAGCAGACAGCAUCCUCAAGACUGUUGGAGAGCUGAAUGUCAAACUGGCGAUCGGUAUGUUGGCAGAAGAGAUGCUAAAGGAGCAAGCAACUGAGAGAGUCAGGGGCCAAGCCAGUGCAAUCCUCCUCGUUCUGGCGAACAAACAUUUCAAUGACGUGAUGUAUGAGCUUCAGAAGAGUGUCAGGACGGUGGUUUUGCCUCACAAAAUGGUGUUCCGGACCCUGGGGGAUCUGGCCUCUCGCUACGCACUCAAGUGUAUCCCGUUUUUGUCUCUGACCUUUGUGUAUAUAAGGCUGAUGCUAAAGCUGACCAUGAUCAACCAGAUGAAAGAGGAAAUAUGUUAUGUUAUGGAACAUUUCUCCAUGGCUAUAAACUAUUACUAUAAAAACUGGAAAGUGUGUUCAUUCCCAAGGGAGGCUGAAUCUCAGCUUUGUGGUCCGGUCAUCCCACUCUAUCGACAUCUGGUCCGUGACUGGCUGAAUGAGGAGGAGCCCAAGAUUAAGGAGGCCUCCAUGAAAGCACUCUGGCCCAUGUUUGGGGUUUUGGUUCGGCGCCGAGAGCAACAAGAUGAAGUCAUCAAGAACGUUCCACACCUCCUUGUGGAGAGCAAGAUCCUGGACUCUUUCCUUGUUGCCAAAAGGCUUUCCCUUUUUUUGGAUGUCUGUGAGGAGUGUAAACCAUCCAUUCCCAAGAAAAUAUUCCAGGAGAUCUGUGACUAUGUAUUCCAGCAGGUUCUACCUCUUAGUACUUCGAUGCAACAUUUAAAGAAGUGCCAGAAGAUUGUGGAGAGGUUCACCCACCAGAAUAAGAAGGCAGAGAGGCAGAAAAGCGCAGGGCAACGGAAGCCCCAAGAAGGAGAACCAACGCCAUGGGAAAAGGGAGGGGUCUGCCAGCCCUGGUAUGGCUAUCAGGAGAUCAGCUGGGAACACCGUGACACUCUUAUGGAUGCUUUUGGCCACUUAGUCUCCUGCUGUCCUGCUGAUGCCUUGGAGUUCUUGCAAGCACAGAUGAAGAAUGACGCCGAAUACAUGCGGGUGGGGAUCUUAAAGCACCUUAAAACCAUCAUCAGCUCGGAAGGCUCAUGCGAGACAAAAAAUAGAAAACGCCCCAUUGUGGAAGCUGUGAAGUGCGUCCUGGAUGACCAACGUGACACAGUGAGAAAAGCCAUCCUGGGCUUCAUCAAGGAGCUGCUUCGCUCUCCAAGCGUGGAGGGCUGUGCCGUGUGGGACAUGGUGGUCUACGUCUUUGAGCAGUUCACGCUGCCAGCCAGCCAAGCAGGGAAAGAGUCUAGCCCUACACAGAAAGAACAAGAAAAGGAAAAAGAAGAAGCCAUUCAACAAAUCUGCAUUGAGGUCCUGGAGCAUCUGAACACCUCAGCAGAGGGGAUGAGUAAAGCUUUGUGGCCAAAGCUUCUGUACUUUGUGGUGCCGGCUCCAUACACCCCGACCUUGACCCCCCUCUGCAGAUGCUUGAGAGAGCUGGCCCUCAUUCGGCAGGACGAAGGGGCACUUUUCCUUGGAUCUUGCAAAGGAGUGAGGCUUCCAAGUGCUCAAGGAUUGGUGGCAAGACUCCUGGUCUUGGCCUCAAAACCGAACCCGAGAGGAAACUGGGCCUUGCAGCUCUUACAUGCGGUUCGUGGCAGCAUCCAUGCAGCAGUCAAGAUCCUGUGGGGGAAACAAAUUCCCUUUCUUUGGGAAUCCCUCUUCCGAGGCAACCCUGAGACAAGCAACCAGGAAUGGGAGCAGAAGCUGCUGCAGUUCCUGAGAAGAUCCCUGGAAACUAUUGAUGACAGCAGCUGGACCAAGAAUCUGAGCCAAGAACUGGAGAAUCAGAUGGCCAGCUACUCUGACCAGUCAGCUGAAAAGAGUUUCCUGUAUAAAUCUUUGGGCACUUCUCUGACAAGUUGUGAGGAUUUGACCUUUGUGCAGAGUCGGAUGCAGCACUUUGUAGAAAACACCAAUUAUAUGGAUGCCUCAGAGAGAGAGAAAGUCAUACAGAUCCUUUCCUUCUCUGCCAUGGGCCAUUUGGACCUCACACUGGCUACGCUGCAAGAAUUUGGAGGUGGGAUACACAUGAAGAUCAAGAUGUCCGACAUUAUCAAUCGCUAUAAGGACUACUCCCAAGGCAGAAGAGGCCACACCCAUCAAACGCUGAUGCUCACCUACGGCCAGGUGGCUCUCCAUGCCCCGAAGGAGCUCCUCUUCUCCAGGGUGGAGACUGACAUCAUGAAGAGAGUCCUCUUUCAUUACCGGAGGAGCUGCCAGGUCUUGGGUGUCAGCAUUGCAAACAAGGACUUGAACCUCAAGCUGGCCCUCAUUCAGAGCACGACGGACGUCUGUCGUGCCAUCCAUGGGACCCGGAACUGCCAGGACUUCCUGUUUACUUGCAAAAAGGAACUCCUCAGUAUCUUGCUGGAGUUCAUCAGGGAGGAGCCAUUAGACACUCUGGCUACUCCAAUUCGUUCCAAAGCCAUCACUGCCAUUGCUUUCCUGAGCAAACUGAAGCCGUAUCUGACCAUGGAGGAAAUUCGAGAUCUCCUUGACCAAUGCAUCAAAAGUCUGUUCCCCCUUCCUCCCUUGGAGCAGCUGAAACAAAAUGGAGAAAAAGAACCGAAUUCCCUAAAUGUAGAGUCCCUGUAUGUUUGUUCCAUGGAUGCCCUCGGGCAACUCACAAGGAGCAUCAUUGAGGUACAUCCAACCACUGAACUGAUAGAUGAACUAUUCCAGCUCACCGACCCCUGGUUUACCGAAACAGAGUGCAGCCGAGAGAGGGCUCUGCAGGCCAGCUUCCAAGCCCUGACUGCAUUUCAGGAGAACGUUUGCAUCCCUGUCGGAGAAAGUUAUCCGCAGUUUGGGUCUCUGGUUGCAUUCCUAGCCCCGUACACUUGUGAUGAUUCCACCAGAUGCCGGCUUUGGGCAGCUCAGUGCAUCAUCUGCCUUAUGCACGUUCAAGCACAGUCAAGAGUCUCAGCAUGGGAAGAAGAAGAAAUGUUGUCUGCUUGCAAAGAUUUACAGGAAGAAGUUCCCAGAGAUCUGUUCAGGGCAUCCUCCAGGAUGGCCAAGGUGGUCAGUGCCUACUUCCCAGCAGAACAAGCCCUGGACUUCAUUGAGGCCAUUCUUGAAGACCUGGUGUCCGGCAAUGAGAUGUGUGCCAUCGCGGCUGGACGCUGGCUGCUCAUACUCCUACAAGACUGUGGUGCAGCCAUGAAAGCCCAGAUACCCAAGAUCCUAGAUAUAUUCUACAGCCACUUGCCUAUCAUCAAGCAGGAUGAUUUGCGCCAGGUCCUGGUGGAUGCAGUGUGCAUUGUCGCACAUUAUCACUUGGACGAUGUCUUCAGCAGCCUCCUGUGCCGGCGCCUUCCAAUGGACAGCGAGACAGGUGAACUCUGGAGGUCUCUAGGCAGGGAACCUUCUCUGGCCUCCCUGGUUCUCCACAAGUUAGCGGCCACAGUGCGACAGCCCUCAGCUCCUGAGCCCGCUUCACCCUCAGACAGUGAAGAGACUGUGGAAUUCGCUGAGGAAGAACCUCUCAAAGCCACGUGUGCCAUCUAUGAAGUCAUAUCUGUGCUGCCAUAUGAGGACGUUGUCCAGGAGUUGUACCCAGAGUUGUUCUGUGCCCUCUUGCAGCAGGUCAGCAAAACUCUGGGGCAGAAAAUGCCCUUUUACGAGGGCCGCCGAAGGCUCUUCCUACGAGAUCAUCGCGUCUCUGAAGGCAACCCUUGCAGGCUUUCAGUGGCCAGCCUGAAGACGCUGCUCUUCAAGAUCACUUGUGAUCCAUCACUAGCCGAAAUCGGGGAGGUGAAUAUCUGGGCUCUGCUCAGAGAUCCCAGCGCCCAUCAGGAAGGGGUUUGCCUGCUGACCAACCGUUUGCUUCAGAGUAACCUUCUCAAUCACAGGAUCAUUCAGGAAGUCCUGCCCUGGAUGAAAUCAAGCUCAGAAAAACUGCGGCUCACAGCAACCGCCUUCUAUACAGAGGUUAUAUGGGAUCCCACACUGGGAGAAAGGGAGCCGCUGAAAACCAUCCUCCCCAUCUUGAUAGAAAGGGCAGGCGAUCAGCACCCUGGGACCCGCCAGAUGGCAGUAAGAGGCCUUGGGAACAUUAUCCUUGUGGCUCCUGACAAGCCUCACAGGUGCUUCUCAUGUGUGUCCUUGCAGGGGAAGGAGCAGAAGAAGACCAUUGUGGCUGUCCUCCAGGGUGCUCUGUAUGAUGCCAAGGUGGUGCUAGAGAGCCUUAAGGUGCUGGCCUUGGUCCUGCCUCACUUAAAGAGCAGAGAUGUGGGCUUCCUGUUCAAAGACAUCUCCAUGAAGACCAUCACCUACCUGGAUGACGACAAUGCUGACCUCCGCAAUGCUGCCCUGCAUCUCUUUGGCAUCCUGGCUGCUUGGACCAAAUUCAGAUACAGAAGCUUUUUUGCUGAACAAGUCAGGAAGAGUUUGGUGCUGCUCCUCAUACACCAGCAAGACCCCAGUCCCCGGGUGGCUGAGACAUGCAGAGUUGCAUUUCUGCAGUCUGUGAGGUUUUUAUCAAAGAGGAAGCUGAGAAUCCAUAUUGAGGAACUCCACCGCACCACCAACUUGAACUUCCCAAAUCUGCAUGUGCACGUAUACAGGCUGCUGGUGUGUCGGGGGGUUGUCAUCUUAAAUUCAAGGCUAGUUUCUAUUCAGGUCAAUACCAACCCAGAGAUUAGGGAUGAACUACUGAAAAAGACAGUGGAGUAUUACCAGAGCCCCUGGGAAGAGAUCCGGAGAGCAGCUGUUGAAUUGUCAGGAGUCAUUCUGGAAAGCAUGCAGGUCACAGAUCUGCAGGAGCCCUCUCAUCAGCACCUGCUGACCUCUCUUGAGAUGCUUCAGGACGACCCCAGCCCUGGAGUUCAGCAAGCCGCAGCUGAUGUGGCAGCUUCAGUCUUCAAGAAGCAGGGAGCAGAGAUGCUUCGAAGGAGUGAAGCCACUCCCAAUGAAAGCAACCCAGCUGAAAAGCCGGCCCCAAACAGCGACCCCAAACCUGGCACCACCCAAGAAGUGGCAGCAGCCCAAGAUCUGCAUGAGUAGCUUGUCUGCCGUGAGGGGGGAAUGGAGAGGAGAGCUGGUAGUGAGCCCCAAUUAUCCCUUUUGCUAAGUAGGAUCCACCCUGGUUUUCAUUUAUAUGGGAAACUGUAUGUGAGUGCUGCGAGGUAUAGCUCAGUGGUAAAGUAUUUGCUUUGCAUGCAGAAGGUCCCAGGUUCAAUCCUGGGCAGCAGCAUCAGCUAGGGCUGGGAAAGACCCCUGCCUGAAACCUUGGAGAACCACUGACAGUCAGUAUAAACAAUGCUGAGCUAGAUGGGCCAAGAGGCUGCAUUUGCAUAUAACACAGUACCCCGUUCUGCUCCCUCCUCCCCCAGCUCUCCCAUCCAAAUUCCGACGUAAUGGAGAGCGAUCUCUCUGCAGUCAGUGAGCCUGCAGAAAAGAGCAGAGGACUGGCUCUGCAGACUUCCCUCUUGACUGAAAGACAGCCCACACAGCCAAUCACAGCCAGAGCUGAGGGAGGAGCUUCCUCCCUCAACUCUGGUUGAAGGGGAUGCAGCCUGCAGUUCUGCAUCUGGACGCAAUGCAGGCUGCGUCCAACGUCAGGUUACGGCAACUAACCUCACUACAACCCGAGGGUUCUUGAAACCUGAAACCUCGCCGUGCAGAACUGCAUUUGCACACAUUCGGACGUAACACUUGGGGAACCUCUGGCCCAUCCAACUCUGGUUCUGUGUUACGUGUGAAUGUGGCCAAUGUCUCACUUGGUAUAAGGCAGCUUCCUGUACUUCUAUAUUGAGUAUUACUGUCACUUCUGGAUUUGAACCUUGAGUGGAGAUUUUUUUUUUAAUUCACCUUGGGGACAGGGGGGAUUUGAAGCUCCCUCACCCUCCAAUCCUUGUCUGCCACAGACCCCACCCCCCCCCGCCCCCACAUUCCUAUCUUCUUCACAAAUUUGAGUCGGGGAACAUGUGCUUGCUCCAGUUGCCAUGCAGUUUUGCCAGAAGUCAGGGGCUCUUCUCAGUCUUGAUCCCCCAGAUGCUAUUGGACUACAACUCCCAUCAUCCCCAGGCACAGUUGUGGCAGGGUAUGAUGGGAGUUGUAGUCCUGUCAUAAGCAGUUCUAAGGUUAGCAGACAGUUCUUUCAUCUUAGCUGUAGCAGGGUAAGUGGUGGUCGGGGCUGUUCUUAGAGAACCUUGGUGGGGUGCAGGGCCCAGGGCAAAUCAGCCAGUGCAGGGCCCCCUUCCAGUUAAUUCUAAUGGGGUUAAAAGAGUGGAGCCUGGGUGGUCACCCUGCUUGCCAUGCCCUAAGGACAGCCCUGGUGGUGGUGGGGGUGGGGUGGGGAGAUCUUUUGAAAGCCCUGCCUAUGUUAAGGCAACAAACAGCGUCUCUUGCACUCUGUGCAGUCUUUGCAGUGAUUCAUUCUUUUCCUCUUUCCCCAGACCACCUGCAGUGAAGGCUUUGUGACCUAGGACACUCCUUGCCACCUGCCAGGAAAAAAAAGAUGGUGCCACACCCCCCCCCUCCGAUGACAACCAGCCUGCCAGCCACUACCGUCCUUAACAUUCUCAGUAUCAAUAUAUUCAUAAUUGUUGUCAUUGCCGUUUCUUUGCCCUCAAGUUUUGUUUUCGUUAACUUUACCUCUUGUUUGCAGAUAUAGAAGCUAGUCUCACAAGCAGCGAAAACCGGGCUAGGGAAGCCCGGCCCGGCUCUUGCUGUGUGUGAUAACUGCCAGGAGCCGCACAACUCCUGGUGGCGGCGUGGCGGCGAGCCCUCUAAAGUCGGGUUUGGGGCAUGAGUGCACACAAAAAUAGGGCUAACUGAUUGUGUGUCAGCCUUGCAGCUGCUUGCAGGCCGCAGCUGGCACACUUGGGGGGGGGCUCCCAGUAAUGCAUCACACCCUUGCGCACUGCAUUAUUGGGGCUCCGGGGAGCAGGGCGCCAUGCAGCAAUGCUUCCCUGCACCUGACCCCUGGAGCUGCUGGGAGAGCCACGGGCUUCCCACAGAAGAGCUGCCGCUCAUCUGGGCGGGUGAUCUGCCCACCCAAGGACAGGUAAGGGAUUGUCUGUGGGGAGGGGAGCGGAAACCGGCUCUCCCUGCAGACCUCCUUUUGGCGCUUCACGCCGCUCUCUAACAAAACUGAGCUAGAGAGACCAGUGGUUUGGCUUGCCCUGAAGCAGCUUCAAAUGUGCAUAUGAGUGUCAGAUUGAAAGACGGUGAGGCUAGUCUCACAUGCAGUGGGAACAGGCUGAGGGAGCCCAGCCUGGGUCCCGCUGAGCAUGAGCAUGAGGAACCACACGGCUCCCAGAGGUUGCGCGGCGGCAAACCCUCUCGGGUAGCCCACCUCUUAACCCAGGUUUUGGGCGCAGGAGCAGCUGAAAAGUGGGUUAACUGCUUGUGUGUCGGCAUGGCUCCAUGCCGCAGUGACUCAUGAGUAGCCCCCAGACUGGGAGGCUACAACAAGCCUCCCAGCGUCGGGGGGGGGGGCUUCCCAGAAUUCCCUGCGCACUCGGGACUUCUGGGAGCCAGGAGGCUCCUGAACCCCACUGCCCCAACCGGAGCUGCUCAUCAUCUGGGCAGCUGAUCCUUCUGCUCAUUUCCUGUUUCCUGUUGGUGUGCAGGGAAAACAGGUCAAGCCCACUCCCCCCGCAAACCCCAUUCAGGCUCUCCACACUGCUCGUGUGGACAGCCUUGCUGAGAUCUUCUACAUGGCCUCUGGUGGCCACUGAGUUUGCCUGCCUUCCCCAGCAGAGAAGCAGUGGCUGCCCUCCCCUCUGCCACACCGCACACCCACAUGAGCUACAGCAGGGUGGCCACUGGUGCUAGGAGUGGGAGGACUCCCCCCCCCACAUCCCAGAGUGCCCUAUGCUGAGAGAAGCCACCACACCCAACAUGGCCACUCUUUCCCCUGGCUCCCUGCUGGCCAAGGUGGCGGACCCGGAGGGAGCCUCUUAACCCACUGGUGAUCACCCAGCUGAUGGCCUGCUGAGGUUAAGUGAACCAGAGAUGCACUGAACCUUGGCUAAAUGCCGGUUUCAAAAGCAGGGCUAGGCAUGGGGGCAGUGCGGGAUUGGGCUCGGUCCCAGCGCUUCACACACCUUUCCUGUCCAGAACUGGGCUGCGCAUAUGAACAACCUCACUGCCUGACAAACUGCACUAUUAUUCUGUGUUUCAACCAAACAUGUGCACAGUUGCACAAGGGCACUCUUGCACAACUGCAAAGAAAAGAAAGGGCAGAGUUGUACAAUGGAUGGACAUUGUUUCCAUGAGAGUUGUAGUCUGACAGGAAACAGGAAAAGACCAGUAACGGUUCACACACAGAGGUUGUUCUCAUGGUCAAAAGAGUGGGGGAGAAGAAGGGAAGGCAGGAUCCUACCUGCUGCCUUCCAGAUGACUCGAGCCUCCUCUGGGCUCUGCCACUCACACGCCCACACAAGCAGCACAGCCAGGGGCAGAGCCACCAUUGGACAAACGGGUUCAAAGAACUCGGGCCGUGCCCAAUCAGGGGCCGCACCUCACGGGUCCGAAAUGCCCCCCACGUCUGACAUCAGACGCGGGAGUGCUGGUUUAGCUCCUGAGCAGGGGCCGCGGGGUUAAAUGGCCACUGUGUUUGUGGCACAGCCAGGAGCGGCUCUUCCCUGCCUUAAGGCAGGGAGCCACUCCUGGCCACACGGUGAAUGCAGCGCCAGUCCAGGUCUAGCUCCCGAAGGGGCCACGAGAGUUAAAUGACCGGUGCUGCGAAUGCAGCGCCGACCAGAUUCCUUGCGGCUCCGUUCGGGAGCCAGACCACGCCCCCCGUGUCUGACACCCUUUGGGGACAGGGAUCCAUGUGUCUUUGUAUGUGUCUAUGUAAACCGCUUUGGGAACUUUUGUUGAAAAGCGUUUUAUUCCAUUGUAGUGUGUUGUAUACAAUGGUGAUUGUGUGUUAGUUGUAGUCUGACAACAUCUGGGGACUCAAGGGGUCAUUGCUUCUUACCCUGUGCUGGGCAGAUAAGUGCUGAACAUUAUUUUUUCUGACAUGUAAAUAUUCCAAAACAUGUCAGCAUAUUCUCCAUAAAUAUUUUCUAAAGGCUAAAUACAUCAGCUGUUCCACAUAGAGUGUUCCUUCUGUAUUUUUCUCAGGGUCUCCCAACCUAUGGCACUCCAGAUGUUGCUGAACUACAACUCCCAUCAUCCCCAGUUACAAUUCACUGGGAACUCCCGAUUUAUCUCAUUAGCUUUACCUGCUUUGUCAACAUCCUGUACUAAUGAAGGGUCUGCACAACUACAGCCCUCCUGCAGACGUUGAACUACAACUCCCAUCAUCCCUUACUACUGGCCACUGUGUCUGGAGAUGAUGGGAGUUGUAGUCCAACAACAUCUUGAGCAGCCUUGGUCCAACUGGAUGUCACAAGACAGAUUGGGCAAACGGCACCUUUUCUUUUUCCUCCAUUCCUUGCAAGCUUCCAGAGGAGGAGAUUGCCAAAAUCUCUCCACAAGGAACAUAUUUGAUGGCAGAACUGCUCGUAUAGAGAUGUUUUUGUUUGGGGGGCGAUGGGUGUUGUAGUCCAAUAAUAUCUGGGGACCCAAGGCUGAGAACUUCUUAUUUAAAAUAACUGCAUCUGGCCCUUCUGUGCAAAUGCAUCUCAAGGCAGCCUUGAAUGAAACUUAAUCUACAUCAGAGCUGCUCAGGUUCGGCCUUCCUACAGAUGUUGGCCAACAGUUCCCAUAAUCCCUGGCUAUUGGCCACUGUGGCUGGUGAUUAUGGGAGUUGUAGUCCAAAAACAGCUGGGGGGGUGGCUAAGUUGAGCAGGCCUUGUCUACAUUGAUCUACUUAGAGUUUAUACUGAUUGCUUCUUGUCUUGCCCUCAGUGACCAGAGAGAUGCAGAGUAAUAGAAGCGCGGAAUCCUAGAGCUGGAGAGGACCUCGGAGGCCAUCUAGUCCAACCCCCUGGUCCAUGCAACAAAUCCAGACUUAGAGUGACUCUAGUAGAGCAGCCCCAACAGGCAGCUGCCCAGCCCAAUCUUGGAGCCCUACAGAAAGGAAGAGCCGAAGGAAACGGUUUGGUGGUUGAACUGUUCUUGUAAUUAAAAAGCUUCUCGUAAUGUUCAACUGA